GGCACCUAUAUUAUUACCUUUGUACUGACAUCAGCUCCUGUCUGUCUUUGUUUCUUUCUAUCACUCUCACUCUAGGUGAAAAGCCCUACAGGUGCCCUCACUGUGACUAUGCAGGCACUCAAUCAGCUUCCCUGAAGUACCACCUGGAGCGCCAUCACCGUGAGCGGCAGAACGGAAGUGGGCCCUCGGCCAACCAUCCUCCAUCAUCUGAACACAAGGAUGACCACAACAAGAACAGCGGUGGGACAGGGGUUUUUGCUCGUCCUGAUGUCCUUCGCGGGGUCUUCAAAGGCAUGAUGCCCUCUGGUCUUGACUUCAGAGGAGGUCAAAUGCUUCCACACCAGUGGGCUCCACCAGGAAUGCUCUCACCUAGAGACAGAGAUCGUGAAAGGGAGCGCCAUGGACCGGGGCCAGAGCCCACCACGGAGAACAUGAAGAGUCCCGAGGGACCUGGUUCUGCAGCGGACAGUCCUGCUAGCUUCUCUGACCUCGGUCGGGCCUACCAGAGUAUGGUGGGAAAUGGAGUCAACUUCCAGGGCUCCCUUCAGGCCUUCAUGGACAGCUUUGUGCUCAGCUCUAUGAAGAAGGAGAAGGAAAUGAGAGAGAGUCAGCUGCACGGUCAGCACUUUAGCCAGGAGAAUGCAGAGAUCAAGACCAAAAGAUCCAGCGAGGCCAACCAGGAAGAAAAUCCCACCAGUGACAUUAAACCAGCUGAGGGUGGCCGUUCACAGUAUGAGCCCCUGGAUUUGUCUGUUAGGCCUGAAGCGGGGUCCCUUCCUGGAACCUCUAUCACCAUCCAGGAUAAUGUCGCCUGGCAUGGUUGCCUCUUCUGCUCCUUCACAACUGCCUCUGUAGAGUUGAUGGCCCUCCACCUGCAAGCCAACCACCUGGGUAAAAGCAAAUGUGGCCCAGGCAAAGAUACUAAGGAGCACCUCAUGGGAGAGCCUUCCCAUGUGGGCAAAGCUACUGGCUUGGCUCCUCCACCACCAGGCCUUCUUCAUCACCAUGAGGGAGCCCCGUCCAGGGACAGAGAGACUGAGUCUGGGGAUCCAAAGGGACAAGCAGGCUGGUCCAACCAUCUGGAUCAGCCCCCGCACGGAGCCUCCAUGGGAGCAUUCUCCAGUGACUUCUACAAGCCCUUUGGUCCUGUGUAUGAUGGCUCUGCUAGAGGGCCUGUUGGAUUUCUGGACCAGCAGCAAAUUCAGCCUAACGACAUGGGUGGUCAGGGCCCUUUGGAUGACCUAUCCGACAAGGCUUCCUGCAGUGAGAUAGAGGCAUCUGAGGAACACGGUGGCCAGUCUGAGGAGGAUGAAGUGAGUCGUGACAAAUCCUUACCCAACCCCACUGCGACAGAGAGACACAUGCAUUCAGAUGACGAAGAGGAAGCAGAUGAAGAAGAGGAGAUGGAGAUGGGUGAUGCUGAGGAGGAGGAUCGUAGAUCCAUGCAAAUGCUUCCUGAAUCUCCAUUGUCAGGAAAGGACAUCCAAAGAUGCAAGCUAACUGUAGGCCCUCAAAGCUCAGGGCUUUCUCCUCCUCAAGCUCCCACCCCUGAGAAGCAGUGGCAGCAGCAAGCAGGCCUGGGUCUUCUAUCUUCAAGCGGUGGUCCCCCUGGCCUGGUUAAGCCUGAUCAACCCCACCUCGAUCACCAGAUGAACAUGCUAUCUGUCCUGCGGGCCUACAGUUCAGAGAACCUCGCAGCCUUCAACGGAGGUCUUGGUGGAAGCUCCAACGGAGGAAGCGGUGGCACCAGCAACAUGAAAAGAAACGACCCCUCUGGUCACGGAGGUCAGAGGCCAUUCCAGUGUCGCUACUGCCCCUACAGCGCCUCUCAGAAAGGAAACCUGAAGACCCAUGUGCUGUGCGUUCACCGCAUGCCCUUUGACAACAGCCAGUAUCCCGACCGGCGCUUCAAGCGCUCCCGCAUAGACUCUGACAUCUCCGGGAACUCAGAGGAAGGGAAUCAUCAUCCCUCUGCAGGUCAGUCUAGCACAGCAGAAUGUGUUUCUGGUGAUACUCCUCGCUCUGUUGAGUGAAGGAAAAUGUGAUCCAGGGAUUUUUAGGACCUUCAAGUGACCACAUUGUGAAAGCCUUCCCAGUGCAUCACUCUAAAAGACACAUGAAGCUAGUCAAAAUAAUUCCUCUUUCCCCAAAAAGAACCAUGCAUUCCAUAAGUUAGGGGUUCACAAACUCCCAUAAUCAAAGCCCUUCAGCUUCAGUAAUGUUCUGUGAAGCACAGGAUAAAGAUGAUGAAGUAGAGAAACCUGAACCCUAUUUCUGAUGAGUCUGAAACUAAAUAUGCAGCUCUUAUAGGAGUUGCCUGGACUGAGCGUUGAAGAGACAUUACUGAAGAGGAAAAAUGACAACGUUUAAAAAAAAGACUGUCAUUAAAUUCCUCCGAGUGACUUUUGUCCCAAAAAUAAUGCUUUUAUCAGAAAAACGAUCCGCGCCAACGAUUUCGCGACAGUUGGAAGGGAAAGAAAGAUUGAGGGAAGCUGUUGAGCGCACCCUUCAAGAACAUGACACCACCAGUGGCCAUUUGCCCAGCGCCACUGACGCGCAGGGAUGGAGCGAGCGGACGGAGGGAUGUGGAUGGUGAAAUGGGGGGGGUUGGGGCGUUUGGUGCCAGCCUGACUGGAGCUGUCAUCACAGAGGAAAUCAAUUCAACCCCCUCCCACGCUGCUUCUAUUCACCCCCACUCUUCCCAUUCCACCUCUCCUCACUCUUUCAGAACACGUCAAGAGAAACCUUAGUCGCCUGUUCAGCCGGGCCGCAGAAGGGUCAGCUUCAGACCUGCCUGACGACUAGUAGCACUUCCCAUCAGCCUCCCUCAUUCCCUCCUGUCCUCAUCUUUCUCCUGUGAAAAAUAAAAUAUGGAAAAAAGGUAACAUUGUAUAAUAAUCCAUGGAUUUUUAUUUUUAUUGUUGUGCAGAUUUUAGAAUGUAUAUCACUUAAAGUGAUAUGGCAGACACACAUGAAAUGUGUUUUCUUUGCAUUAAGCACUUCUUAAUCAUAAACAAGUAAUGUCGUUGUCAUUGAAGAAGGUCCACUUCCCUUCUAACUGGUGGACUUUGAGUAAAUACUGACCACAUGUAACCAAGAGGAUGAAUGUGUUAUUUGUGAAGUGUGAAUAAUACAAAGGAAGCGUAGCACUUCUGUUGGGUUUAUUGACCGCAGUGGGACUUCCUUUUAUACGGUAGAGCUCUUGAGAAAGCCACUGUAAAUAUGAAGUAUAUAGAUAAUCAGUUCUAUGUUUCCUGUGUUUAAUCGAAACUUCAGGCUGGCAUUCGUGAUUUUGUUUUGUUCGCUUAUCCCCCCCUCCUAAAAAAAAACAAACUGUGCAUUUCUGACCAUUUUUCAUUCCUUUUUUCUACUAAGUUUGAAUCACACAUCACCAUGACCCAUUUUUGUAUGCAUCUGUUGUCCUGAAUGUUACUCUACUAGAAGAGAUUAACAACACAGGCAGUUUGAAUCCCAUGAAACCAAGCCUCUUAAAGAACAAAAUAAAGUGUAUCAACUUUCAUUGUACUUCCUUUUAUUGAAGGCUAGCAGGGGUUAGAAGGUAAAUAAGUAUGGGUAGGGGGUUAGAGAUGCAUGGGUGGUGGUGGUGAGGGGGGGAGGGUGGAUAUUAAUGUUUUGUGAUAAACAGAAAUGAUCCAGACUUUAAGAAAGUCAAUAUCUUCCCGCUCAGCACAGGGAAGCUCAGCACUUAAACCCCGGGGCCUUACGGCUGCUCUAUUCACGCCGGGAGGAGUUUAGAGGACUCACAAAUACCCGCCACACUCCUCUCUAAGCAGUAAAUAAAAACAUAAACCCUUAUCAGAGGCCUAAGACCACAACAUCUCAAGAAAAAAAAAGGAGAAGAGAUAAAGUGGAGUUGGAAAAAAAUGAUAGAAGUGGUCUAGAAGUGGCGCAUGGAGAUUUUACAGGUUCACAGAAAAUGUAGAGGUUCCAAGCAACGGAUCUUUAAUUCACUAUAACACUUUUUUUGUGGUCUGUUCUUUGUUGCUGAGCUUUUUCCAUAUUCUUUUUAUUUUGUUAGUGCUCACUGCCUUAAAUCGAGUUGAUACAUUUAAAUUUAAUACAACUAUUUGUAUUAGCUCUACUAAAGUGUGUGUGUGUGUGUGUGUGUGUGAGUGUGUGUGUGUGUGUGUGUGUGUGUGUGUGUGUGUGUGUAGGGCAGGGGGGGGCAUAUGAAAUUAAAGACAUACUUUGUGACUGAAUUGAGCUUUAGAGGUUUUAACGCACUUCUGUGUUUUCUGGUGACUGUCAAUCGCUUGCUAUCCUUGUGUGAAUGUGAAUGUGCACACUCCAACUGAAAUAUAUUAGAGUAAAUAAAGUUAUUAAAAAAUAUAGAUGAAUAAACAAAUAAAAAUACAAUUCAUCCACUCCACUUUUUAUUUAAUUUUUCUAGUAAAUUUGUCAUGUUGGAUCAAAUUUGAAGCUCUGAGCAGGCAAUAAUUCUUUUAGUGACACUGGAAGACUUGUUUUAUUUUAUUUCUUGAAUUUUUUUUCUGUAUAGUGAUCCACCAUCCCAUAAUUUCAGGUGCUAAUGUGUUCAUGUUAUAUUCCAUACUAUUAAAAAUAUAAAUACAUAUACUAUUGUGAUAAAAAACGAACAAACUUUAUUUCUCCAUAGGAGUCUGUAACUGUCUUUUUUUUCUAGUACAGUCACUUGCAAAUUUUAGAUGUCUAUAACAUUGUGCUUUUAGGGAUGUGAAAAAGACUUUUUCUUUCUUUUCUCAAUAAUAUUCUAUAGUAUGUGAUCAUGAACAUUAUACUGUCCAACAUUCCUGAAUGAAGAAUAUUUCUAUAUCAGAGGAGGUUUGGAGAAGGGUAGAAGGUUAAAUUGCUACUUAUAAUAUGCUUUUAACAAGUAGAUGACUUGUUAUUGUAUUUAAGGAAUUUUGGUCAUUAUUUAUUGUCAAACAUCUGUCUGACAAAAAAAAAAAAAA